CCUCCCUGAAAAUUCCCCUAUAUAAGUCUACUUGAUUUGGUCAAUUCUUCCAACCAUCUUCAUUCAACACAUUCAAUGGCUUUUCCUCAGAUCAUCACUGUUGCUUUACUUGUGAGCUUCUUCAACCUUGUCUAUGGCGAUUACGGUCACGCCACCUUCUAUGGUGGAGGAGACGCCUCGGGCACCAUGGGUGGUGCUUGUGGAUAUGGGAAUUUGUAUAGCCAAGGAUAUGGAACCAAUACCGCGGCAUUAAGUACCGCGCUUUUCAACAACGGGUUGAGUUGUGGGUCAUGUUACGAGUUGAGAUGCAAUGAUGACCCUAAAUGGUGCUUGCCUGGUAGCAUAAUCGUCACUGCCACCAAUUUCUGUCCACCUAACCCGGCUCAACCUAACGAUGAUGGCGGAUGGUGCAACCCUCCUCUCCAACAUUUUGACUUGGCCGAGCCAGCAUUCUUGCAAAUAGCACAAUAUCGGGCCGGUAUCGUGCCUGUCUUGUUCCAAAGGGUACCUUGUGUUAAGAAGGGAGGAGUGAGGUUUACAAUAAAUGGUCACUCAUACUUCAAUUUGGUUUUGAUCACCAACGUCGGCGGUGCAGGUGAUGUACAUGCUGUAUCAAUUAAAGGAUCUAAAACCGGGUGGCAACCAAUGUCACGAAACUGGGGGCAAAAUUGGCAAAGUAACUCGUACCUCAAUGGUCAGAGCCUUUCUUUUCAAGUCACCACUAGCGAUGGAAGAACCAUCACGAGCUAUAACGUCGCACCAAGCGGUUGGCAGUUUGGUCAAACAUUUGAAGGAGGGCAAUUUUAAGUUUUGUUUAAAAGGGGCAAAAGUAAAAUUUCAGAAUCUCCAAGGUGAAAAGUGAAUAUUUGAAAGUAAUUGAGUUUGUGUGUUGCAGAGGUGACAAGUUAACACCCGCUUGUAUCGCAAGAGUCUAUAUAACAUCGUUUGGGUUAUAAUGUUAUGACUCUUUUGCCCUUCCACUUUGUCAACAUAUAAUGUGUUAUACAUAUAAUUUAUUGAGUAAAUUUUAUCACCAUAAGCAGGGCCGGCCCUGAGAAUUCAUGUA